CAACCCCAACCCCAACCCCAACCCCAACCCCAACCCCAACCCCAACCCCAACAACCCCAACCCCAACCCCAACCCCAACCCCCAACCCAACCCCAACCCCAACCCCAACCCCAACAACCCCAACCCCAACCCCAACCCCAACCCCAACCCCAACCCCAACCCCAACCCCAACCCCAACCCCAACCCCAA